CGGCUCUCCCGAGCGGUGGGGCCGUGCUGCAGAGCGGCCCCGGCUGCGAGCUCGCCCCGCUCCCGCUCGCUGCCCCGCCGUGCGCGCCGCUCGCCUGCCAGGGCACGACGCUCGGUGCAGCCCGGGGGAACCCGCGCAACAGAACCCGGGAUCUGGAGCUCAAACUUGUAACCCUAGCAGACAGUUUUGCAUUCCAGUACCAAUGGUGAGAAGAUGAACUGCUGCAUUUUGGACAAGCUGAAGUUUGGAAUGCUGGGACGUAAAGAACCCAUUAAGAAGGAAAUUACAGUAGUUGAGAGGAGAUGAAGAGCUGCGAAAAGUAGCUGCAGUAGAAUGGAAGCGUCGGUAAUAUUACCCAUUUUGAAGAAAAAAUUGGCAUUUCUUUCAGGAGGGAAGGACAGAAGAAGUGGCCUCAUUCUGACGAUUCCAUUAUGCCUUGAACAGACGAGCAUGGAUGAGCUGAGUGUCACACUAGACUAUCUUCUAAGUAUACCAAGUGAGAAAUGUAAAGCUCGAGGAUUCACUGUGAUAGUGGAUGGCAGAAAAUCUCAGUGGAAUGUGGUAAAGACAGUUGUGUUAAUGCUCCAGAAUGUUGUUCCAGCUGAGGUGUCACUUGUUUGUGUAGUAAAGCCAGAUGAAUUUUGGGAUAAGAAGGUUACACAUUUCUGCUUUUGGAAAGAGAAAGAUAGACUUGGCUUUGAGGUUAUUUUAGUAUCUGCUAACAAGCUGACACGAUAUAUAGAACCAUGCCAACUAACAGAAGAUUUUGGAGGAACUCUCACCUAUGAUCACAUGGAUUGGCUGAAUAAGAGGCUGGUAUUUGAAAAGUUCACUAAAGAAUCAACGUCUUUACUGGAUGAGCUUGCUUUAAUUAACAAUGGAAGUGAUAAAGGAAAUCAACAAGAGAGAGAGAGAUCAAUAGAUUUGAACUUCCUUCCAUCAGUUGAUCCUGAGACGGUAUUGCAGACAGGUCACGAGUUGCUGUCGGAGCUGCAGCAGCGUCGGUUCAAUGGGUCCGACGGAGGGGUCUCCUGGUCUCCCAUGGACGAUGAGCUGCUGGCCCAGCCCCAGGUGAUGAAGCUCCUGGACUCCCUCAGGGAGCAGUACACCCGCUACCAGGAGGUUUGUAGGCAGCGCAGCAAGCGCACACAGCUGGAGGAGAUUCAGCAGAAGGUAAUGCAGGUUGUCAAUUGGCUUGAAGGACCUGGAUCAGAACAGCUAAGAACCCAGUGGGGAAUAGGAGAUUCCAUUAGAGCUUCACAAGCUUUGCAACAGAAGCAUGAAGAGAUUGAGAGUCAGCACAGUGAGUGGUUUGCUGUUUAUGUUGAGCUUAAUCAGCAGAUAGCAGCUCUUCUAAAUGCAGGGGAUGAGGAGGACCUUGUGGAAUUGAAAGCAUUGCAGCAACAGCUGAGUGAUGUGUGUUACAGGCAGGCCAGUCAGCUGGAAUUCAGGCAGAACCUAUUACAAGCAGCACUUGAAUUCCACAGUGUUGCCCAGGAUUUGUCUCAGCAAUUGGAUGGUUUACUAGGAAUGUUGUGUGUGGAUGUAGCACCAGCAGAUGGAGCAUCAAUUCAACAAACAUUGAAACUUCUGGAAGAGAAAUUAAAGAGUGUUGACUUAGGCUUGCAAGGCUUGCGUGAGAAAGGUCAAAGUCUUCUUGAUCAGAUAUCUAACCAGGCAUCAUGGGCCUAUGGGAAGGAUGUAACCAUUGAAAACAAAGAAAAUGUGGACCAUAUCCAAGGAGUGAUGGAAGAUAUGCAGCUAAGAAAACAAAGGUGUGAGGAUAUGGUGGAUGUGCGGAGACUGAAGAUGCUUCAGAUGGUGCAGUUAUUUAAAUGUGAAGAAGAUGCUGCUCAGGCAGUAGAAUGGUUAAGUGAACUGUUGGAUGCUCUGCUGAAGACACACAUCCGACUGGGAGAUGAUGCUCAAGAAACAAAAGUUUUACUGGAGAAACAUCGAAAAUUUGUUGAUGUUGCGCAGAGUACUUACGAUUAUGGGAGACAGCUACUGCAGGCAACAGUGGUCCUGUGCCAGUCCUUGAGAUGCACUUCAAGGUCCUCAGGGGACACACUUCCCAGACUGAACAGAGUGUGGAAACAGUUUACAGUGACUUCUGAAGAAAGAGUGCACCGGUUGGAAACAGCUGUCGCAUUUCAUUCAACUGCUGAAAAGGUUUUGCAGGAAUGUCCAGACCAGCCAGAAGCUUUUCAUGAAAUGGAACAAUUUGAUGAAAUUGAAGCAGUUGGGAAAUCACUGUUGGACAGACUAACAGUGCCUGUCGUUUAUCCUGAUGGGUCUGAGCAGUACUUUGGGAGCCCAAGUGAUAUGGCUUCUGCAGCAGAACACAUCAGGGAGAAGAUGAAGUUAGUUAGCCUGAAAAAGCAGCAGCUGAGACAACCAGAAGCCACUACCCCAGAGAGCUAAUACUGACCUUGUCUAUGAAUUCAUAACAGGACUUCAGUUUGUAAUCCAGCAUGUUGUUUGCAUAUUACAGAAUUUGGUAUAAUAUAUUAAAAUGCAUUUCACAGCUGU